AUCGCCUCCCAGCUCGCUUGCUCGGUGCCGGUGUGCGGGGAGCUGAGCUGCUCGGAGCCGCGCUGAGUGGCUGUCGCCUCAUAUUGAAUUUCAGCGCGGCAGCAGUCGGGUUUCUUCCCGGGAGAUCAGGUUUAAAGCCCGCCGCCUCUCGCUCCUCUCUCCGUCCUCCUCACCCUCCUCUCCCACCCUCCCUCGCCGCUGUCCUGCUCCUCCUGCCCGUCCAUCACUGCCCCCUUUCAUUUUCCUCCCGUCCGCAGAUCCGUCCACCGCACUUUGACUGCCCCGCACUUUGACUGGAAGUUUUCCCCCCGCCGGCAGAGCUGCUCCACCGGCCACCGUGCGCCAGGAGAGUCGGAGCCAUGGAGCGACAUUAGGAGGAAUUAGGGAAACAAGAAGAGGACGAAGAGGCGAAGGGAAUAAAAAUUCAGACUGAGCAAGAACCAGGGACGACGUCCAAGGGAGCCUCGGUGCAUCUGUGGAACCUCCUCCUUGAGAGAGCUUUUCUCCUCUGGAUGUUAUGGCUGAAAUGCUGAAUCCGCCGGGCCUGCUGACUAUGCCCCGGAGCCCCACCUCCAGUGAGGAUGAGAUGGCUCAGAGCUUUUCCGACUACUCCGACGACUGUGCCUCAGACAGCUCCCGCGAAGAAACCAUCUACGAGACCAUAAGGGCCACGGCCGAGCCAUCGCAGAGCCGCAUGGACGACAUUCACAUAAACUCGCUGGUCGUCCGUGUCCUCAUCCCCGACCUGCAGCAGACGAAAUGCAUGCGGUUCAACCCAGAUGCGACGGUCUGGGUUGCCAAGCAGCGGAUCCUGUGUACACUUAAUCAGAGCCUGAAGGACGUCCUCAACUACGGGCUCUUCCAGCCAGCCAGCAACGGGAGGGAUGGCAAGUUCCUGGAUGAAGAGCGCAUCCUCCGAGAGUAUCCCCAGCCAAUCAGCAAAGGUGUCCCAUCUUUGGAGUUCCGCUACAAGAGCCGAGUCUACAGGCAGCCCAAUGUUGAUGAGAAGCAGAUUGCCAAGCUUCACACAAAGGCCAAUCUGAGGAAGUUCAUGGACCUCAUUCAGCAUAAUCAGGUGGAGAAAGUGGCUAAGAUGCUGGAGAGAGGCUUCGAUCCCAACUACCAUGACAGUGACACUGGUGAGAGCCCGCUGACGUUUGCAGCUCACCUGGACAACGUGUCAGAGAUGAUCAAGGUGCUGAGGAACGGAGGAGCUCAUUUGGACUUCCGGGCCAAAGACGGCAUGACGGCCCUCCACAAAGCUGCAAGGUCCAAGAACCACAUCAUACUCUUGACGCUGCUGGAGCUCGGAGCGUCUCCAGACUACAAGGACAGUCGUGGUCUGACUCCUCUGUAUCACAGCGUGGUGGUGGGAGGAGACCCGGGCUGCUGCGAGCUGCUGCUGAACCAACAUGCCUCUGUCUGCUGCCAGGAUGAAAACGGCUGGCAUGAAGUUCACCAGGCUUGCCGUCAUGGCCACGUGCAGCAUCUGGAACAUCUGCUGUUCUACGGAGCAGACAUGAGUGCCCAGAAUGCCUCGGGAAACACCGCGCUGCACAUCUGUGCCCUGUACAACCAGGAUAAUUGUGCCAGAGUGCUGCUUGUUCGCGGAGCUGACAAGGAAGUGAAGAACUACAACAGCCAGAGUCCAUUUCAGGUCGCUAUUAUUGCUGGGAACUUUGAGCUUGCUGAGCUCAUCAAGAACCAUAAAGAGUCAGAUAUAGUGCCUUUCCGCGAGGCUCCAGCCUACUCCAAACGCCGACGGGGUCCGUCUUCUGGCAGCGGAAACGGCCAGUCGCCCUCCUCGUUGUCAGCGCCACGGGUCCUCCUGCGCUCCAACAGCGACAACAACCUAACGGUCAGUCAGUACCAGCAGCAGCAGCCGCAGCAGCAGCAGCACGGUUCUCCUGGCAACUGGGCCCCACAUCUGCAGCAGCACCAACACGCCCAGGCCCACCCGCACCGGGGCGCCCAGCAGGGUCACUCGCAGCCUGGCUCCUCAGCAUUGCAUCGCAGCCUGUCACCCCAGCUGCUCCAGCAGAUGCCCAGCGGCAGCCCCAAUGGCAACGUGGUUGUUCGGACCAUGGGGAGGGGGGCAAGGAGCCGGUCACCCUCCCUCAGCCGGCUGGGGGAGGAGGCCAGACGGGGGAUAUCUUCACAGCGCCAGGCCAGUCCCAGCACUCAUGGCGACGGAGUAGGAACCAGAAGGAAGCUGUACAGUGCAGUACCUGGGAGACAUUUCGUGGUAGUUCGUCCUUACACUGGUCAGGCCGAGGGGGAGAUUAACCUCUACAAGGGCGACCGGGUCAAAGUUCUGAGCAUCGGAGAGGGGGGUUUCUGGGAGGGCAGCGCCCGUGGCCAGGUGGGCUGGUUUCCAGCCGACUGUGUGGAGGAGAUCCCGGCCAAGGCCACCGAGGAGAGGAGCUAUUCCCGAGCGGACCGAGCUGACAGACGGAAGCUCUUCAGACAUUACACUGUGGGCUCCUACGACAGCUUUGAUGCCUCUAGUGACUGCGUGGUGGACGAGAAGACGGUGGUGCUCCAGAAAAAGGAGAAUGAGGGAUUUGGCUUCGUCCUGCGAGGGGCUAAAGCGGAUACGCCCAUUGAGGAGUUUACUCCCACACCUGCCUUCCCGGCCCUGCAGUACCUGGAGUCGGUGGACGAGGGAGGAGUGGCAUGGCAGGCGGGGCUCAGGACGGGGGAUUUCCUCAUCGAGGUGAACCAGGAGAACGUGGUGAAGGUGGGCCACAGACAGGUGGUCAACAUGAUCCGCCAGGGGGGAAACCGGCUCCUGAUCAAGGUGGUGACGGUGAGCCGGAAUCUGGACCCCGAAGACACGGCACGCAAAAAAGCUCCUCCACCUCCAAAGAGAGCCCCCACCACAGCACUGUCGAUGCGCUCCAAGUCAAUGACCUCUGAGCUGGAGGAACUCGUGGAUAAAGCCACUCUAAGGAAAAAGAAAGGUGAUGCGCAGAAGAAGAGGAUUGUUUUCCAAGUCACUCUAAACAAAGUUGAGGAGAUGACACACGCCCAGAAGGCCUCACCUGUCGACAUGAAGAUCGCAACAAUCAAACCACGUCCAUCCAGUCGCUGCUUGGUCACGCCUACUGAUAUGAAUUCUAUGUAUCACGACCGCCAGGGAGUAGCAGUGGUGCCACCCACUGUGCCGGGGGCGUACCUGGGGAUACCUGAGAAGGGCACUAUUAAGAAGCAGAAGUCCAUAGGUACAUCGGAGGAUGAGAAACAGGGAUUCCUCACGCCUCCCUUACUCAAGUUCUCCCGCAGCCUCUCUAUGCCGGACACCUCAGAGGACAUCCCUCCUCCACCUGCCAUUUCACCACCUUCACCACCUGCCUACAACUCAGCUGCUGGCCCAACAACCAAGAGCUAUGGCACCACACGACCGAGCUUCGUCCAGAACUCACCCAACGCAGUGACAACCAUUAGUCGAACCACCGAUGUUGGUACACUAAGACGCGGCUAUUUCCGGCAGAGCUCUGAGCAGUUUGAGAGCACACGCACUCGAGGACGCACACCGGUGCCUGAGAACCCUUACUCCGAAGUGGGCAAUAAGACACUAUAUGUGCCAGCAAAACCAGCUCGAAGAAAGGGCAUGCUAGUGAAGCAAUCUAACGUUGAAGACAGUCCAGAGAAAACGUGUCACAUGCCAGCAAACCCCUCAGGCGCAGUUUCCAUGCCCACUACGCCUGUAGAAAGAACGUGCUCCUCCAUUCCCAUCCCCACCAUUAUCGUUAAGGAGCCCUCCACCAGCAGCAGUGGCAAGAGCAGCCAGGGUAGCAGUAUGGAGAUAGAGCCCACCACCCCUGAACACCCACCUCUCACACCCACUGUCGGUGGAAGUGGUGGUUUGCGUCCUGACGACCCCCUCUCUCUAAGCAACCCAUUUGCAGCAGCUAUUGCUGGAGCUGUUCGGGACCGAGAGAAGAGGCUAGAGGCAAAAAAGCACUCAAUUGCCUUCCAGUCAAUAGACAUAGGGGAUGACGACUUGAGUGGUCCAACACCAACCCCUCGCCUUCGCCAGUCCAAGUCCAUCGAUGAAGGCAUGUUCAGUAGCGAUGAACGUCUCAGAAGAAUAUUAGGUCCCCCUUCAACUCAGCUCGGACCCCCUGUUGGGGGUGGUAGUGGCAAUAUGACAGAUUUCAACACUCCUGAGCCUACAGUGGUUCGGGAGCCUCUGAACACUAGAACAGGCCAGUGUCCCAAUCUGGACAGCCCUGUCAGUCUCCCAGCCACACCCCCGAAGAGCCACUACAGGGCGAAUGGGACCUACCUCCAUCCUGUCACUGGCAAGCCCCUGGACCCUAACUCUCCACUUGCGCUGGCCCUGGCAGCUCGUGACCGGGCCAUGAAGGAACAGCAAAACCACCCUCAGAAUCAGCCAAAUCCUCCUCAGGUUCAGCAAACCCCCAAACAUGAAGCCCAGUCGCUGCCAAUUCAGCAAAGUCACAAACCAGACCUCAACCAACCGCUGUUCAUUGACACCAAACUACGCUCUGGGAUCGAGACAAGCUAUGCUGCAAUCUCCACAGCAACCAUGGGGCGGCCUGGCCGAGGCGGUCUCCGGAGGCAGAUGACGGAACAGAAGUACGAAUCUGAUGGAGCGCGAGAAGAGCGGAAGCAUCAGGCUGUCGAGGAGAGAAAAAGCGCACCAGCAGAUGUGGCGGACUCAUCAGCCCCUAAAUCGGCCGGGCUGUUGAUGGUCCACACAAGCACAGAGGCAAACAACAAGAUGGAGAUGGAGGGGCAGGACAGCAACAGGCCAUCUGAGCUGAAGGACCCCAACCAGCCUGACCCUAUCACUACUCAGACACUAUCUGCCAAUCAACCACCCACAUCCCGGAGGAGAAGCGUUCCAUUAGGUGAAUCCCUGGAUGAACCGGUAAAGCUGCCCUUUCGUAUCCCCCCUCCUCCACUGGCCUCGGUCGACAUUGAUGAGGAAUUUGACUUUGCAGAGCCCCUCCCUCCACCUUUGGAGUUUGCAAACAGUAUUGACAUUCCCGAUGACCAGGCUAGUGCCAUUGCAGAGAUGCUACAGCAACAGAGACGAAACGGGGGAACCCCUCUACCCCCAUACCACCCUCACGCCCCGCCACCAGUCACCGAUCAACACAAACGGGUGGCAAACAGCAUGCCUCCCUCGUAUCCUCCACCUCCACCCGACCAAGAGUCAGGGGUGGGCGACUCGGGCAUCGAAGAGGUGGACAGCCGCAGUAGUGGGGAUCCUCAGCACAUGGAGACCACCAGCACCGUUUCCAGCAUCUCCACCCUGUCGUCAGAAGGAGGCUUCUGUGACAGCGCCCUGGAGAGCCUCUACGCCACCGCGGAUGGUCACGCCUUCCUCGUGGAUCGGCCUCCAGUGCCACCUAAACAGGGCAAGUCCGUCAUCAACAGAACAUCACUUUAUCAUGACGCUCUCAUUGAGGAGCCUCCAGAGUCCUAUGGUUCACCGCCUCAGGCCCCUCCCCCUCCCCCCUCUUCCACUGACCCUCCUAGGACUCCUACUCAAAGGACAUCCAAGCUAUGGGGCGAUCGCCCUGAGCUACGCAGCCCCCCAUCCACACCGGACACCAAGAACACAGUUAUCACCGAGCUGAGCUCCAUUCUGCAGCAAAUGAAUCGCGACAGGCCGACCAAGCCAGGAGAGAGCCUCGACUCCCCCACAGGGACCAGGGGGGGCUUCGGAACCAGGUAUCCUCCCGCAGACGACUCAGGAAUGCGUAACAACGCCGCCGCUGCUGCACUCACCUCCACGCCACCCAGCAGCCUCCCGUCACAGGCUCAUCCCUGCAGCCCGCCGGACUCCGCCUCCUCCCUCACCCCCUUGUCCUCACUGCCUCCCUCGGUGUCGCCCACCCUCACGGACGUCUUCGGCCUGCCCACCCCGCCGAUGGGCAGCGGCGGAGGCUACAGCCUGAGCUCCUCGUGCGGCGGCAGCGGCAGCUCGCGCUCUCCGUCGCCGCUCACACUGAUGCAGGCGGUAGCGGCUUCGGGCAAACGUUCGCCUCAAGCCAUGGAGCUGUGGAGCAAACACGACGUGGCAGACUGGCUGGAGAGCCUGACUGGGGAGCACAGGGACGCCUUCCUGGACAAUGAGAUCGAGGGCGCCCACCUGCCCUCGCUGCAGAAAGAGGACCUGAUAGACCUCGGCGUGACAAGGGUGGGCCACCGCAUGAACAUCGAGAGGGCCCUCAAGCUGCUGCAGGACAGAUAAGCCCCGAGGUGACAGGGUGGCGCGACCGGGGGAGAGGAGA